UCCUUUGAGUCCCCCUCUCCUCGCGACAGCAGAGCCGCUUUUGCUUUCCUUCAGCACCACUUCCCAUCCUAUUCUCUCUCUGUCCCCUACAUCCCCGAAACGCUUACCAGCUCGCGUCAGCGCAGAGAGAUGACGAGCAAUUUGGGGAAAUAAAUCACGUUUCAGCGCAAUUUAUUCCUUCGAAAAAUAGAGGAUGAUGAGAACGUAGAAGAAAAUAACAUAGGCAGUAAAGAAGCAAAAGAAGGAAUCACUAAUUAUUAUAACCUAACGCACAAGUUCGUCAGCGGUCCAGCUGUCGGCAUAUUUAAUUUAUUUCGGGUUAAUUGCACAUUUACUGUAGACUAGCUAUGUCGCAGCGGGAGGAUAUUGAAAAAGGCAGAGGGGGGUAGGCUGCUGAGAGAGAGGGAGAUAGCCUUGGCAGCACAUUAUUAUAAUGAUGCUGAGUGAGUGACUGAUCCACGCAUUCAAAUUGCGCUGGCGACUUUAAUUUGGAACUACAAUUCAGCAAGGGCGAUAUUGUAUUUUUGUCUGCUUCUGGAAGGCAUCGGGAGGAACCUGCAAAUUGCCCGAACAAUGCUCCAAGUGGCGCCUUUUAUCAGGCUCGGAAGAAAGAAAACGGAGCAAAGGACGACUGCUAUAGAGGGCUGGCCUGAUUUGAGCUCAUCAUUAGGAUUCAAGGAGCUAAGACGUUGAGACCGAGAGGAAGGGAAGUUGAGACCGAGAGGAAGGGAAGUCGAUCAUCAGCACCAUGGCGCCGGAGGGAGUGGCCGAGCUGCGUGAUUGGCUGUUCCUCCUGAUGCUCUGCCUGACUCUGUUGGCCGAGGUGCUGGAGGUUGCUGCAGCCACAGGCUACGAGGAGGAGGAAGACUUGGUGUGCCCCUCAGUGUGCCGAUGUGAUGAGGACUUCAUCUACUGCAAUGACCGUGGCCUGAGCUCUAUCCCCCCUCUGCCCCCCUCUGCCACUGUGCUCUACCUUCAGAACAACCACAUAGACAACGCCGGGCUUCCCACCUCCCUGGAGCGACACCUAACCGUCCGAGUGGUCUACCUGUACGAUAACGAGCUGGAUGACUUCCCCAUGCACCUGCCCCCUUCCCUCCGGGAGCUGCACCUGCAGGACAACAACAUCCGUACGCUUCCCCGCGCCACCCUGGCCCGCAUGCCACUGCUGGAGAAAUUGCACCUGGACGACAACUCUGUCUCCACCGUCAGCAUCGAAGACAAGGCCUUCGUUGACAACCCGCGGCUGCGUCUGCUCUUCCUGUCUCGUAACCACCUGUCCAGCAUCCCCUCUGGGCUCCCGGCCUCCCUGGAGGAGCUGAGGCUGGACGACAACCGCAUCUCCACCAUCCCCACCCACGCCUUCCGCGGCCUCUCCUCCCUGCGACGCCUCGUCCUGGACGGAAACCUCCUGGCCAAUCAGCGCAUCGCAGACGACACCUUCUCCCGCCUCUCCAACCUGACGGAGCUUUCGCUGGUGCGUAACUCCCUCCUGACACCGCCACUCAACCUGCCCAGCGCCCACUUGCAACGUCUCUCCCUGCAGGACAAUGCUCUGAUCCACAUGCCCCGUGGCUCCUUGGACGGCAUGAGGAGGCUCCAAAGACUAGACCUGUCUGGCAACAACCUGACCACCCUGCCUCGGGGCCUGUUCAAAGACCUGGACAGCCUGGGACAACUGCUGGCGCGGGGGAAUCCCUGGCACUGUGGCUGUAACCUGCGCUGGCUACAUGACUGGCUGCACGCUAGGGGUAACUCCAUCACGGUGAGGGGCCUCACCUGCCAGGCACCCGAAAAGGUUAGAGACAUGACCCUCAAGGACCUGACCAGCCAGAUGGAGGAGUGUGAAGUCACAGGGGUAGUGCCUGCCGGGGCCGGGGCUGGAGCCACAGGCAGUGGGACCAGAGACAGAGUGGGUGGAGUAGGAGGAGUUGCCGCUAGCUCCACCACCCUUUCCCCUCCACAGGGCUCCCUCUUCACCCUGCGCUCCAAGCGGCCCGGCCUGGGGCUACCAGACUCUGGUCUAGACUACACCCUGGGUAGCAGUGGAGUGGGUAAGAGCCUGGCCCUGAAUGUCAAGCCCCUGGCCCACGACAGCAUUCGUGUCACCUGGAGCGUGGCCCAGCCCACCUCCUCCUUCAGACUCAGCUGGCUGCGGCUGGGCACCAGCGCUGCCAUGGGCUCCAUCACAGAGACCCUGGUGAGAGGAGACCGCAGAGAGUACCUGCUCACCUCCCUGCAACCCCGCUCCAGCUACAUCAUCUGCAUGGUGCCCCUGGCGGCCAGCUCCGGGGGUAAAGGAGCCAUGGCAGGUGAAGACACUGACUCAGAUGAAGCUCCAGUGUGUGCUAAAGCUGAGACGUCAGACCCCGGUCAGCCAGAUGUGGGCCAUGACAACCAGGACCCAGAACACAUGGCUACUCUGCCUCUGGCUGGGAUCAUUGGAGGAGCUACUGUCAUCGUUUCUCUGGCCCUCAUAUUCGCCAUCUUCUGCUGGUACGGGCAUCGGGCCGGACGCCUGUCUCCUCGUGAUCAAUACAGCCGCGGCAGCUCCAGGAAGAGCAAGCACUACGAUGACUACAUUGAGUCAGGCACAAAGAAGGACACCACCAUCCUGGAGAUCCGAGGCCCAGGGUUCCAGAUGACGCCCAUGGUUACCCACCAGCCGUCCAAGCCCCUCCGGGAGGAUUACAUCAUCCACACUAUAUUCCCCUCCAAUGGCACCGGCCUCUACAAAGGUGCCCACCAAGUGUCCAAUGCAGGGUAUGGCACCAACCGUGGCUAUAGAGAAAGAGGGAUCCCAGAUAUAGACUACUGUUACACGUGAUCGACCUGGCCCGUUCCACACUGUUCUAGAUGUACUGUAUGGAUACUGUAUUUUGUCCGCAUGGGUUCUUCUGAAGAGCCACUUCGUGCCUUCCUCUUCUAGUCUCCCAUUCUAACUAAGCCAGCGGUUCACUGCACUGACACUAUUUGAAUAAUUGGCUGGCGGGCCUGCAGGAAACAGCUAGCUGGUACACAAGCAGCAGGAGCGAACGAACGGCCCAUUCCAGGUGUUCACACGGACUGCUUCUUCACACACUUAGUAAUGAUCAGUGAAUGUUUUCCUUCACUGCUCCCUCUCUCUCAGUGACACAAGUGAGAAGAAUGUGCCCUCUGUGUUGAGACUGCAGGAUAUUGUCACUUACAGUGCAGUUCCAUUCCAGGUCUUACGUUUGGCAAAGCCACACCAAGAUAGAAGGUUCAAAAGUCCUGAAAAGGGUCAGAGAGACAAACCUCUUAGAUACACAUCACUUGGCCCACUGGCCAUAUUUUGCCCUCUUGUCUCGUCCGUUUAAAAUGCCUCAACUAUCCUGUGGCGCCCAGUGUGUCCUAUCAGUUACCUGAAGACAGGGCUCUGUAAAAGCUGUGAAUAGUUCUCUUUCAAACAGCCCACAUAACCGCUUGUCUUAAAGCAGACUAGUUGUGGCCUGGUCCAGUGGUUCCACCGGGCGAGGGUCUUGUCAGGGGCGAGGGUCUUGUCAGGGGCGAGGGUCUUGUCAGGGG